AUGCGUCCCCAAAAGGAGAUAGACUUGGUCUCAUCCUUUCUCUCUCUGUUCCCAGGAGCGGCCCUGCAGUGCCUGAAAUGCGACUUCACCGUAUUUGACAUCCCCUGCCACACCACCACCGUCACCUGCAAGGACGACCAGCUCUGCGCUAUCAUCCGGGGCCGUGCAGCCGGCCACAGGCUGAUGAUGAAGAAGAACUGCGUUGACAAGGUGAAAUGCCACACCAAUGACACCUCGACCUGGGCAGGCAUCACCUACAGCACCUCCUACGAGUGCUGCGAGGGCGAAUUCUGCAACUCAGCCGCGGGCGCCGGGGCCCAGCUCUCCCUGGCCGCAGGGCUGGCCAUGCUGGGGGCCUGGCUCGCCCGGGGCCUCUAAUCCCUGCUCCAGAAGCCGGGAGGGAAGAGGAAAUAAUUUCUGUUGGGGGGCAAAAAAAAUCCAUCCUGACCUUGCCUUUAAAUAGCCCCGCCCCUUUUCUUCUUAAAGGGGCACUUGUUAGCCAGAGGUGAGACCCGAUCUUUGGCCUUUUCUUGGUCGUCUUAAAUCAUUAUAACCUGGGGACGAAGGGGAAAGACCCUCGGGGUCUGUCCGGAGAAGGAAAAUGUAUUCCCCAUUCUUUCGUGGUGGCCCCCUGAACUUUUUCACCGUUCAUUCUGUUUCUUUUUGUCAAGUCUCACUCUCGGUCUGAUAAGCUACCCAUUGCUGCAGUCUCCAGCCUCCAAACCCUGCCCCAGCUGGCACGCUGCCAUUUUUAUGUAACCCCGCCCCCCCGCAAAAAAAAUCCAAGGCGAGCCGCUGAAUUUCCCACCUGUCCCUGCCGGCUCCCGAUGACACGGGACUGUCAAUGAGGGAGCCGCGGCCUGUGGACAAAUGUACCUUUAAGAACUGGGCGCUGCGGCACCGUCCCCUGCCUUGAGCCCCCUCGCUGCAGCUGCCAAUGCCCCAUUGGUGGCAGGGUGGGAUCUGCGGGGGCUGCAGCUGGGGUCAGAUGCCCUGGCUCCAGCUGUCCAGGCCUCUGUAUUCCUCCCUCUGCCUUCCCCCCCUCAUGCUCACUGGCACUACAGACAUCUGGUGCCAAAUGUUCACUGCCUUCCGCACCGGCCCCGCCCGCACCUGGGGGCAGCACUUCUGCUCGCCAGCCUUGCCCACACCUGGCCCCACGUCUUCGCCUGGCUGCAGGGCUGGCAUCGGGGCAAUGAUCACCCGGAGGGUGCUGGGGGGAGGACUCUGCUCUUCAUCCCAAUGCCGACAGAGGUUGGGCAGGGGCUAGAGGGGGCCGGGAGCGUUGUAUUGCCCCCACACAACGGCACAGCAGCUUGGUGCUGCCCCCUGCUGGCGCAGGCAGGAUCAGCGCCUCGGCUUCCUCUGCUCAUGUUCUCCUGAAACGCGUCCAGAAUAAAUCUUGUCUCGGCUCCGAUC